CGAUCGCGAUCCGGUUUCUCACUAACCCCAUAACUCCACUUCUCUCUCUCUCUCUCUCUCUCUCUCUCUCUCUCUCGCUCUCUCUAUCCACCGUUCGAUUCGAAUCCCCAAUUCGCUCCCCCACAAACUCCGAUCCCUACCCCCCACAUACGCCGAAGGUCAAAUCUUUCCUCAAAUUACCGAAGUUUUGGUGGCGAAACGCGGCGGUAAUCGAUCCCGUGAUAUCCUCAUGUGUUUGUUGAUUUGAAUUCCGUGAAGUGGAAUGCUCCAUGGAAGCAAUUGUUGAUGCAGAGGUCAAUGAAGGAAAGAACGAUGUGGAGAGUGAGGUUGGAAACAACUGUGGCUCUGAUCCUGUGGUUUAUCAGCUUGUUAGGGUUGAAGGUGAUGGAACACUAGUUCCUGCUACAGAGGAUGAUGUUAUGCAGUUUGAGCAUCUCCUUGAAGAUGAAAAAAGUGAACCACCUUCAGUUGAAGGACUUGCCCAAUCAAAGAACACUGAACUAGAAUCUACAAAGUUGGAUACUAGGCUUGAGUAUGCAAGUGUGACUUUGGAAAAGGUUAAACAGGAAGAGAAGCUGCAAUCAUCAUCUGAAUCUCUUGAUCUUUCAGCGAAUCCUCCGGGUGAUCAAACAUCUGACUGUGCUAACAAUGCGCAAGAACAAAAGAACGAACUCCAAUCUGAAAAUGCUUUGAUGGAGACAACUCCUAUUUCUACAAUAUUAAACGGCAGUCACAGUGGUGAAAUGGAAAAAGAGAACAUGGAAACAUGCGCAGAACCUGCAAAUGAGGCAGUCACAAGUAUAUCAUCCGUUUCCAAAACGUGCAUUAGUUCUAUGCCUGAUUUUUCUCUUAUAAAAGGAGAAGUCUGUUUGGACAAAUUCACAAUCAGAGAACUUCAAGAAGCAUUCAGAGCUACUUUUGGGCGUCAAACUUCUGUAAAAGACAAGUUAUGGCUUAAGCGGCGUAUUGCAAUGGGGUUAACUAAUUCGUGUGAUGUUCCAAGUUCCCAUUUUGUAAUAAAAGAUAAUCAGAUUGUCCACGAGGAAGCGAAAGAAGAGACACCAUGCAGUGUCUCAAGAUCUAAGGUGGAGGCUGGUUCACCGUCUGGAGAUCAAGGUACUGAACCAACAAAGGACGGUUGCCAAGAUUCAGCAGCUAGUUCUUACGACCACAUUAAGGACCUAGAACUAUCUGGCAAGAGACUUAGUAGACCUACCGAUGAAUACGAUGAAACAAAGGAAAAUCUUGGAAUGGAAGAGUAUUCUGUCAAAAGGAUGAGAAAGCCCACGAGGCGGUAUAUUGAAGAACUUUCAGAUUUUGAAACCCAGGAGUGUGUUGCUCGAGUGCCUAUUUUUAGAAAAAAUUCUGGGCAUGUCCUGGCCUCUCCAAAACCUUGGAUAAGGUCUGUUCGUGAAAGUGGUGCACAAAGUACAACGUAUUCCACUAGGCAGGACUCAAUUGGAGGAUUUAAUGUCCGUGUACCAUACGUCUCCCGGGUUAGAAGAGGACGCCCUAGGAAAAACUUCAUGACCCUCAUGCAGAGCUUCCAUCCAAGUGGUAUGGCAUCGAACUUCGUUAAACCCCCUCUUGAGAUCUUUCUGCGACAAAAUGUUGAAAGCAGAAACAAGAUAAGGAAAGCUAGAUCUCUUCCUAUGCGAAUCCCACAGCUAAGCAUUGUUGAUAAGAAAAGAGAUACAGAGAAUGCACAAAAACCCGAUAGUGAGGAGGAGUCAUGUAUGGAUACCUUUAAGUUCGACACAGCCGAAGAAAAUACAAAUGAUAAUGCUGAUGCUCGGCCAGCUCUGAAGGGUGGUCCAAAGAGAAAGCACCACCGUGCUUGGACGCUCUGCGAGGUUCUCAAGUUAGUUGAGGGAGUGGCCAAGUUUGGGGCUGGAAGGUGGUCUGAGAUCAGGCGACUAGCCUUUGCCUCAUAUUCAUAUCGCACCUCUGUUGAUCUCAAGGAUAAGUGGCGGAAUCUCCUUAGAGCAAGCUUGUCGCAGGUUCCUAAUGAGAAAGAGGACAAGUUCUCCAGAAAACAUACAUCGAUACCAAUUCCAACGCCCAUCCUGUUGCGUGUUCGAGAACUCGCCGAGAUGCACUCACAAACCGGAAUUGAAAUCAAGCCAAGCAAGUUUUCGGGCCAUAGCGGGAAAAUUGUACAGGGAAGUGGUUCUGGAUUCCUAUGAUCUAUGUAAGGUGAAGGAACCGAACUAUGAGAUGUCGUAUACAGCCCGCUUGUGUACAAUCUAUUGUUAUGUAUAUGAACUCUAACAUCGUCUUCUCCCUGCAUGCUAGUAGUGUGAGCAUCUCCAAUCCAAUCUUCUGCAAUUUUCUCAUGAGCUUCUUGUUGGUAUAUCUAAUGUAUCUCACCUAUUUAUGUGGCUAUACCAAAAUGAAUAUGGUUUUCAAUAUAA